CAAAGAACUGGUUGGGAAACAGACAGACAGUGAGAGGAUCAAAAAAAUCAAAAAUGUCGUUUCUGUCGACGGUCUCUUUUCCAAACCACCUCCUCCUCCCAAAAUCACUUUUUUGUUUUUUUCUAUUUUAAUAAAUUCCAACAACCACUUUCUUUUCUUUUUAAUCGUUAUUUCUUGUGUACAUCACAUUUUAUACAUUAACUCAAUAAUAAUAAUAGAUCAAAUAUGGACGGUGAAGAAGUUGCUGCUUUAGUUAUCGAUAACGGUUCCGGUAUGUGUAAAGCCGGUUUCGCUGGUGAUGACGCUCCUCGUGCUGUUUUCCCAUCUAUCGUCGGUAGACCAAGACAUCAAGGUAUUAUGGUCGGUAUGGGUCAAAAAGAUUCUUACGUUGGUGAUGAAGCUCAAUCUAAAAGAGGUAUUUUAACCUUAAGAUAUCCAAUUGAACAUGGUAUUGUUUCUAAUUGGGAUGAUAUGGAAAAAAUCUGGCAUCAUACUUUUUACAAUGAAUUAAGAGUUGCCCCAGAAGAACAUCCAGUUUUAUUAACUGAAGCUCCAAUGAAUCCAAAAUCUAAUAGAGAAAAAAUGACUCAAAUUUUAUUUGAAACUUUCAACGUUCCAGCUUUCUACGUUUCUAUUCAAGCUGUUUUAUCAUUAUAUUCAUCAGGUAGAACUACUGGUAUUGUUUUAGAUUCUGGUGAUGGUGUUACUCACGUUGUUCCAAUUUAUGCUGGUUUCUCUAUGCCACACGGUAUUUUAAGAAUUGAUUUAGCUGGUAGAGAUUUAACUGAUUACUUAAUGAAAAUCUUAUCUGAAAGAGGUUACACUUUCUCUACUACUGCUGAAAGAGAAAUUGUUAGAGAUAUUAAAGAAAAAUUAUGUUAUGUUGCUUUAGAUUUCGAACAAGAAAUGCAAACUUCUUCUCAAUCAUCUGCUAUUGAAAAAUCUUAUGAAUUACCAGAUGGUCAAGUUAUUACUAUUGGUAAUGAAAGAUUCAGAGCUGCUGAAGCCUUAUUCCGUCCUGCUGAUUUAGGUUUAGAAGCUGCUGGUAUUGAUCAAACUACUUAUAACUCCAUCAUCAAGUGUGAUGUUGAUGUUAGAAAAGAUUUAUAUGGUAAUAUUGUUAUGUCUGGUGGUACUACUAUGUUCCCAGGUAUUGCUGAACGUAUGCAAAAGGAAAUUACUGCUUUAGCUCCAUCAUCAAUGAAAGUUAAAAUCAUUGCUCCACCAGAAAGAAAAUACUCUGUCUGGAUUGGUGGUUCUAUCUUGGCUUCAUUAUCUACUUUCCAACAAAUGUGGAUCUCAAAACAAGAAUACGACGAAUCUGGUCCAUCUAUUGUUCACCACAAAUGUUUCUAAGCAAAUUGUUGUUAAUCAGAAAAGAAAGAUAUUUUCUUUUUCAUUUUCUUUUUUUUAUAUCUCAAUUGUUUAUAAAAACAUUAUGGUAAUGAUUAUGAUUUUAGAUUCUUAAUAUUUACUCACUUGUUUUGCUUUGUUUUGUUGUUAUUAUUUUGUUUAUUUGUUGCUUUUUUUCUAUUAUUGUCAAAGUACAAAUCGAUUAAAUGAAGACCAAAAAAAAUUCUCCUUAAAUUCCUUUAUUAAAGUAUUACUAUAUUAAAUCAAGUCAGUAUUAUAUAUAUAUAAGUAAUUUUCUAUAUAUGUAUAUGCUGUUG